GGAGCUGUGUGCAUUGAUCUUCAAAUAAGUUUACUAAUUCAAGCAUCAUAGGAUUUCGUGGGUUACGAGGUGGAAUUAAUAAUAUGCGUCUUUUCUGAGCAAGACGUUGAUGUCAAGAUCUUGGCCCCCAAAUUUGUGUCACCAACCUUGGAAUGUAUCCCUCUCAGGAACUACGUACUUAUACACUACUUAGCGGGUUUUCCUUCCAGACAGCAAAUAUACUGAUUAUGACUUAUUUAUGUGACAAGAAUGCUGGCUGACGAAGCUCAAAAGCCGGUCUCCUCUGCCGUUGACAGAACUUUCCUCAUCAACGAGCUUAUCAUUCUCUUCUUGGCUGAACUCGACACGUUCGACCUCAUCAACUGUCAGCAAGUCUGUCGAAGAUGGAGAGACAUCAUCGUUCAGUGCCAGGAACUUCAAGAAUAUAUGUUUUUCGCUCCAACAACGCGAGUUAGACAAAAGACCGAGCCAGUGAUUCUGAACCCGGUUUUUGAGAAGCACUUCGCUCAACUCUUGUCUUUCCCACACGAAAUGUACCACAAUAACCCUGAAAAGAUGGCCCUGCAGGCAGAAAGAUGUACUUAUGCACAAUUCGAAUGGCUUCCGUGGGCUGAAGACGGGAACUUCGUUGAUACCAGCGCACGACAGGCGUAUGCUCGAGCCGGGGCAUCGUGGCGAAAAAUGCUUCUGUCACAACCUCCCAUCGCACACUUGGAUUGGUGGCAUAAUUGGGUCUCACACGCCGGAGAGGGCUUUGGCCAUCGUGAUUAUCCUGAAGUGGUCAGACUCGGCAUGCUAUGGGACGGGCUCGAGGCUUUCCUGUCACGCGGUUGCAGUGUCCGGAUUCUGCUUUACCCGACUGGGAUGGCCAUUCUCGAGGAUCCUUGUACGACUCGGGCGGAAAAACGCUGGCCGUACCACUCGGAGUCCCAAGAUCAGAUUCCUCAACCAGACAUGCAUAGGAUCAAGAUCAAAAAUUAUCUGAAUUGGGACGGCAAUAGUCCUGCGAUAUGGAACGAAUUCAGUGCGCGAAGACAGGAGUGGGGUAAUUUAACACCUGAUAUCCCAUUCAGUCCCGAGGAACAAGAAAGGGAGAAGUGGAGAGACAAUGAUGGCGAUGGUUAUUGGUGGCGUUUGGAUGCUUGUCAACGUGAUCAAAACGGGGACGCCUCGAGCUGGAGGUGGUCAAAGAGUGAUGCGUUUCAAUGGAUUGAAAUGCGCCACGUUCACUGCGGGAGCGACAUGAUGCCGAAUGACUUCUAGCGAUUUUGAAAAACGCUUGGCCAGAGGGCGUAAGGCCUGUCAAUGAUUACUACAGAAACACAGCGCAUUCCUUUCACGUGAUUUGUGUAUCGAGCGUUGCUGGCGGCCGCUUAUGUGUAGAUUGAAGUCGGAACUAGCAUAUUACAGCCUCUCCAUCUUUUGUUGACUCUCAGAUAGACCAGUAAGACGUCAGGGCGCAAGGAUGUCGAUCCCAC